AUGACUCGGAUCCCGAGAACUCUCCUUGCCACUGUGCUCACCGCUUGCUUGUGGCAGUCAACUUUUGCUGCGCCUAUUGCUCAGCCAUUCGAUGUGCGCACAAUUGAACAGCGUGAUCUCGCUUCCAUCCUCCAGAACAUCGAAUGUUCCGCAUCUGCUAAGGCUGUCGUAUCUGGCCUCAGCUCAGCCCUUGGUGUCCUCAACAAGAUCAACACCACGGAUGCUACUCUGACCAAGGAUAUCGCUUCUGUCAAGGGCUUCCUCAAUAAGGCUAACACUGUCGGGCAGGCGAUUGUCGGCGCUUGCAACAAGGCUUCAGCAUCGGCUGCCUCGUCAGCUGCUUCCUCUGCCCAGUCAGCGGCUGCUGCUGCUGCGCAAAAGGCGGCCUCCUCCGCUGCCCAGAAAGCCGCCUCUGGUGGGUCCAGUGCUUCAAAGGGAUCGUCAGGAUCUAGUGGAAGCAAUGCCUCUGCCUCUGCUGCCUCUGCUGCUCCAACGGACCCCACGUCAACUGAUACCUCUGACCAAGCUGCUUCGACCGCACCGACGAGCACCGACACCUCCGACGCGGCUGCUUCUACUGACCCUACAUCGACCGAUACGUCUGACGCUGCAACUUCUACCGACCCUACGUCGACUGAUACCGCCGACGCCGCUGCCUCCAGCGACGGCACCGAUGCAACUGACGGUACUGACGGCACGGAUGGUACUGAUGGUACCGAUGGCACGGAUGGCACUGACGGUACUGACGGUACUGACGGUACUGACGACACCACCGAUACCACCGACGACACUGACGACGGUCUCGGCGCUGACGAUCCUGCUCUCGAUGUCGGCGACGACUCUGCUGAUACCGGUGAAGACGGUGCUGACGAUGGCGGUGACGACGGUGGUGAUGAUGGAGGCGACGACUUUGGCGAUGACGGCGGCGACGACGACUUUGGAGAUGACGGCGGCGACGACGACUUUGGAGACGAUGGUGGUGACGACGAUUUCUGA